UCAACACAUCACGCGUGCAAAGGACUGCGGGGAAUGAGGUUGACAGCGGACAGCAAGGCUCAUAAAUAAAGCGCCCAUCUGUAGGCUAGUGUUUAGGCUCUGCUUUUAAUCUACCUGCGAGGAACGCGAUACGGACGAGCCCAUUCUCGUAUUCACAAUCGUAUAUUAGUCACUGAUUUUUUUUUUUUUACAGCAGAAAAACCGGUCGAGGGAGGUGGACGGGUGCGAUACUCUGCUACGUAGCAGUCUAGCCACACAUUCUCUUUUAUACGUACACAAAUACACACACGGACUACUGCCGCGCUUGCCAGGAUCUCAAUGAGGGGGAAUGACCGAGAGUGACCUCAAAGGACACGCUAUGUUUUAGCGAGUCUUUCCAUUUUAAAACCCAGACGGCUUUUCAGUAAAAAUGAGGGCAAACAUUUUGUUUGGUGUUUUAGCGUAAGUACGGCAUCGCUGUUCGCGUGGCGGUCUCACAAGCCUGCCAGCGGGGCUAGUGUUAGCCAGCUAAGCUAAACUAGCUAAAGCCUACACCGGCUGUUUCCCGCGGAUGCUAGGCUAGGUUAGGCUAGUGCUGCCAUGGAUAAAGCGAAGUCAUUGGUGGACAAGAAGGGAGCGUCGGGACCUUUUCAUGUCAACAACGUUCAGAGUCCAAGAGGGUUGAACGGCCUCGUCGUGGUAGCCGCUAACGGCAGCUGCUCCACCAGCAAUGCAUUCGGCUUAAGCACAGGACCCAGCAGCAGCACGUUUGAAAUGCAUCACCUGCAGCGUGGGGAGGAGAAGGACUGCAACGGGUCCCCGGCAAAGAGAAGCCGGUUGCGAAGGAGGACGGAGUCGGUGAAACGGAACAGACCUCCUUUCCCCUGGUUUGGAAUGGACAUCGGUGGCACCUUGGUUAAGCUGGUGUACUUUGAGCCAGUCGACAUCACUGCAGAAGAAGAACAAGAAGAAGUUGAAAACCUCAAAUCUAUCCGCCGCUACCUCACCUCAAACGUGGCCUAUGGUAAAACAGGUGUCCGCGACGUCCACCUGGAACUGAGGAACCUGACCAUGUGUGGCCGGACAGGCAACCUGCACUUUAUCCGCUUCCCGACCCAGGCCAUGCCCCGGUUCAUCCAGAUGGGACGAGACAAGAACUUCUCGAGCCUGCACACGACGCUGUGCGCCACGGGAGGCGGCGCCUACAAGUUUGAGAACGACUUCAGAGCCAUGGCUGACCUGGAGCUGCUGAAGCUGGAUGAGCUGGACUGCCUCAUCCGUGGCCUGCUGUUUAUCGACCGGGUCGGUUUCAACGGACACCCGGAGUGCUACUACUUCCAGAACCCUUCGGAUCCCCACAGCUGCGUGAAAAAGCCCUGCAACCUGGGCAACCACUUCCCAAUGCUGCUGGUCAACAUCGGCUCCGGGGUCUCCAUACUGGCGGUCUACUCAGAGAACAACUACAAACGGGUAACCGGGACAAGCCUGGGAGGUGGAACGUUCCUCGGCCUCUGCUGCCUCCUGACGGGCUGCGAGACGUUCGAGGAGGCGCUGGAAAUGGCCAGCAAGGGCGACUCCACAAACGUGGACAAGCUGGUGAAAGACAUCUACGGCGGGGACUACGAGCGCUUCGGCCUGCAGGGCUCGGCCGUCGCCUCCAGUUUUGGUCACAUGAUGUGCAAAGAGAAGCGAGACAGCAUCAGUAAGGAAGACCUGGCCAGAGCCACACUAAUCACCAUCACCAAUAACAUAGGAUCUAUAGCACGCAUGUGUGCUGUCAACGAGAAAAUUGAGCGGGUUGUGUUUGUUGGGAACUUCCUUCGGAUCAACACCGUGUCCACAAAGCUGCUAGCCUACGCCAUGGACUUCUGGUCAAAAGGGCAGCUACGAGCCCUCUUUCUGGAGCAUGAGGGUUACUUUGGAGCGGUCGGAGCGCUUAUGGAGCUGCUGAAGACGUCGGAGGACCUGUGAAGGGAGUUUGCCGGCCUCUCCCGUUGGCACCGCGACGCCCUCGACUCUAAAUGCUGUGACGUCAUUGUUAGCAGAUGACACUACUGAGAGGUCCCAAUCAGAGACCUCUAAAGGAACACUAAGAGAGACUCAAGACGCUGAGAAAAAGCCAUUUUAAUAAUUUAACUCUUGUAAAUAAUGAUAGCCUCUAACGAUUGUUCCCAGAGCUCCUUCUAUCAUAGAGUUUUAAUAUUGUGAUCUUUUAAUUUAUGGUUUCCUGUUGGUUCCUGCAAUCAGGAACCACAGAGACAGAGUAUUUUAGUAACCUGGGCUUUUACUGGGACAGGGGUGGGGAGGGGGGGUUGUGUUUGUGUGUCUAGCUACUGUAGCAUUACAUCCUGGGGGACAGAAGUACAUCAGGUGACUGUUUUUGCAGCUUCUGUUCAGAAGAGGAUGUCUGCACACAAAAGAAGCCACUCUUCACCGAGCAACCUUUUUUUUUUUUUUUUUUUUUUUUUUUUUUUU